UCUUCUACAAAAUUGUUUUUCAAGGAAGAAUAAUAUUUGAUAUAUUAUGGAUAUUCUCAUGGACCUGUUAGAGUCAAGUUCAAGCGAGGAUGAAUCUGAUGAAGUGCCAUUUCCUUUCCUAGUUUCACCAACGAUAACAACACAGAACUUUGUACCAAGAGUUAAGAAUUUUAUUGAAACGGUUGUGGGAAACUAUUCAAAUGAAGAAUUCAAAAAAAAUUUUCGCCUUCAACGUUCGACAGCCAAUUGGUUGAUUCAGCAGUUCGAGAAAUCGCAAUAUUAUAAUGUAAAUACAGGAAAAGGACGACGGUGUAUAACUGCGGAACAUCAAAUGCUUCCUUUUUUAUGGUUUGCCGCAAACAAAGAGACUUACAGAGAAGUAGCAAAUUUGUUUGAUAUUGCUUUGUGUACUUUUUUCAAAUAUCUCAAUAAUAUCCUGGAUUUCUUGUACAACAUUUCCAAAACCAUAAUUAAAUUUCCUACUUCUACUGAAGAGAAGAGAACAAUUGCGGAAGGGUUCGAGCGCAUUUCAAAUUUUCCUAACGUUGUUGGGGCUAUUGAUGGGUCAUAUAUCAUGAUUAGAAAACCAGUAGGAAAAAUACGGUCAACCUACAUAAAUCGUCACGAUCUCACCUCUAUCACAUUGCAAGCAAUUUGUAACUCAACAAAAAAAUUUCUAGACGUAUGCAUUGGUUCUCCAAGUCGUGUUCAUGAUUCUCGUGUUUUCACAUUAUCACCGAUAAGUGAUGUAAUUGCAACGAUAUGCGAAGCAGGACGGUUCCAUCUCAUUGGUGAUGCAGCGUACCCAAUUCGAGAAUAUUUAUUGACCCCUUAUCGAAAUCAUGGAAGCCUAACACUCAAGCAACGACGUUACAAUCUGAAGCACGCACAGACUCGAGUAAAAAUUGAAAAUGCUUUCGGAGCUCUUAAAUCUCGGUUCCGCCAAUUAACACGUCUUGAUUUUUUCACGGUUAUGCGAAUGAGCCAAUUUGUACUUUCAUGCUGUGUAUUGCACAAUAUUUGCAUGGAUAGAAAUGAUUUUAUGGAUAAUGAAGACGAAAAUCAUAAUGUUUCAGCAGAAGACACAACACAAUUUUCAGUAGCCGUUCCAUCUAUUGGUUCAAGAUAUGAUGCCCUUCGCCGGUUAGGAGAGCUGAAACGAAACACAGUUGCUGACAUAUUAUGAAUAUAUUA